AUGGCUUUUCGCGGGCACGAAAGUGGCAUGGACUUUGAGUACGAUAACCAAACUGGAUCACUCGACGCUCGCUCACCCUUUGCCCACGUCGCCCACAACGCGCAGCGCAUGCCGCAAAGCACCUUGGCCAGGAAACAAAUGCACCCAGGCGACUACAACGCAUUCGAUUCGCCGCAAAAACCACAAACACCCAGCAACUAUACCUCUCCGAGUAAACCCCUGCCACAACUGCCGGCUUUUCAUUCCUGCUUCACAACGCCCCGCAAGAUCACCACCGACUUCGAUGAUUCAUCUGCUGGCGAGACUCCACGAUCUCCCGAACGCAACGAUAGUGACGCGCCGACGCCUGAGAGUAACAUGGGAUUCCGCAACACGAUGGCCAAGUGGAAUCCAGGCGGAGGCACGACUCAGCAGUCGCAAGCAGGUGCAGAACGCGGUGGGAGAGGUGCGCCGAUAGAUUUGGAGCAGGAGACCGAACAACAGCGCGCGCGGCCAAAACCUAGAAAGCGGGACAGCUUUCUCAAAGCCGUUAGAGACGCGUGGCAGAGUCCGGRCAGGGGAGAAAUACCGCGUUCCGAGCGCGGUAAUGCCAUUGUGAAACAGACCAAACACAAACGGGAUCGUCAGCUGCAGAAACAAUCCAAGAAGAGGCGACAUAGCAUGACGGACUCCGACGAUGACAAUGAACUGCAGCGUAACAGGAGGACACGAAAGGCUAGCGGCCAGGGAAACAACGGUGUGGACCAGGACAGCAGCAACAGACCGCACUGGGUCUCCAAUCUCUUCACCUUCAUCGGGCAACAUCCAACAGUCCCUCACAUCCUCUCAUUUUACGCACAACUAGCAUUCAACGUGUUCCUGCUGGCAGCGUGCGCGUACAUGUUAUAUUGCUUCUGGUCCGCUGUCCAGGGAGACAUUGACAAAAAGGCAUUUGAAGCAAUGGCAGAGGUCAUGGCCGAGUCUGCACAGUGCUUACACUCUUGGAACUCCAACAAGUGCGACCGGGCUACUCGGGUCCCAGCCUUGGAGAAAGUUUGUGAGGGAUGGGAGGCGUGCAUGAACCGAGAUGCCACAAAGAUUGGCCGUGCGAGGGUCUCUGCACACACAUUCGCUGAAAUCUUCAAUUCUUUUGWCGAACCCAUCAGUUGGAAAGCUAUGAUCUUCACCACUUUCCUCGUCUUUGGAGGUUUUGCUACAACAAACAUGGCAUUUGGCCAUUUCAGAGAAAAGGCACAACAUCAGCAUCAUCCGCCACCCUAUCAAUACUUUCCGCCGCCGACGCCGCAGCGCACUUUCUCUGGUCAGCCCUUGGAGGGUAUUUAUGGUACACCUUGGCAGCAGCAGCAGCAGCAGGUCGGUGCAUCGGAACCACAGUCGAGUCCUGUAAGGAGGAUUGCAUACGAAUAG